AUGAAGUCUGGUAUCAUUAUCGCAACGGUUCUCACUGGAGCCCUCGCCCACCCAGUAGUAGACCACUUUCACACUUGGAGCCCGCCAGGACCAGGAGAUGUUCGUGGUCCCUGUCCCGGGCUAAACUCCUUAGCAAACCAUGGUUUCCUCCCACACGACGGAAAAAAUAUCGACUUGAACACUACGAUCGCCGCGUUUGCGAAUGCUAUAAACGGCGCCAGCGACUUUGCCACAUCUCUGUUCAUGGGUGCUCUCAUGACCAACCUCAGGGUGCCUAACCCUACCACGUUCGAUUUGACCGACUUGGACAAUCAUGAUAUAAUAGAGCAUGAUGCUAGCCUAAGUCGCGGGGACGCCUACUUCGGAAAUGACCACACCUUCAACAAGACUAUCUACGACCAGACCACUUCAUACUGGACCGGCGAGACGAUCGACAUCCAAAUGGCAGCCAAUGCUCGCGCCGCCCGCAUAGCAACGUCCAAAGCCACGAACCCGACCUUCAACCAGACCUAUAUGGAUAAUAAAGGAUUCGGCGAGCCGACCGCAUACUUCAUGGCGCUUGGGCACCAGGUUCCGGUCGGAAACGAAACGACUUUCGGAUACACUUAUGAGGUCAAACGCAGCUUUGUUAAGUACCUUUUCGAACAUGAGCGUCUCCCGGUUAAGCUCGGCUGGAGACCAUCUUCGACCCUUUUGACCCUGACCGAGUUUGGAAAUACAAUGCACUUAAUCGCCGCUGCCAGCCCACCCGGCACGGUUGGAUUGAAGGGGCGGGGUUUGAGCAUCCAUGGUUCCAAUCAAUUACUCAGUCUUUAGAGACAUCGUUGUGAUCUGGUACACAUUGAAGCAUGUUGCAGCUUUG